AUGUAUCACUCCCCCCAGCAACCUCAAGAGCCAGCCUCGCAAACCCGUCUCCCUCUGGCAAAAUUCUCCUGGACCUCAACCUCCAUCAACCAUAGAGGCCCCUUGACCUGGAGCCAUAUCUUCGGACAUGGGGAUAUUACUGGAAUAUUUGAAGAAUAUAAGGCACAGCCUACUUCGCCUGCAAAAACCUUGUUCAAAGUCAUCCGCGAUCAGGAGAUUCUUGAGGAAAUUAAUAUAAUAGAGCUUAUGAGAGAAGCUGAGCUUUUUGAACAAUCCUCCAAGUUGAACAAUUCGAAAAAGCCAAUCUUUGCUGUCGUCGUCAAGUUACCCUGUCUGGCAGUCAAAUAUCCACAAGAGAACAGAUGGCUUCGUCGUUUCCAGAUCAAGUUUUCCUCGGAUCGGGACUUCUAUACAGCUCUAGCUAUACUUAGCGACAUCAACUGCCCUUUCUCGGAAUCAAAUGUUACACCAUCAUCACAGUCUAUGCACCGGUCGACUUCAUCGCAGUGGAACUCUGGACCUACUACAGGGGUCUUUAGCUCGCAAGGAAGCUCAUAUGCCCAUGGCAGAAACGGAAUUACAGUGUUGAAUAUGAGGGAGUCCCCUCCAUACUCCUCGAGUGGUGUCUCUCGCAACACGAUAUCCCGAGCCCCUACAACUCCCUCUCUAGCAUCAUCAUCGUCAUCGUCAUCGUCAUCGUCAUCAUCGUCAUCAUCAAGUGCCACUACGUCACACAGUAUGGACUUGGUUUCAGGAUACCCUCGCCAUAACCUGGCCCUAAACACCAAGUCACCUAUGUAUCCCGAUACACUAUCAGCGGUUGAUCUGAACCAAGUUCCUCAUCGACCAGGCACAGCAACCAGCUACCACGACAUUCAAACCCUGGACCAGAUCCUGCCUCCAAAACGCGAACUGCCGUUUUCCAAGCCCGCCCCGAAAAGACCGCGAAUCUCAGGCCCAAUGUCUACUACUAACCCACCACCACCCAGUACAUCUACCCCCCAGACAUCCAACACAGGUGAGAAAGAAAGCCCUCACCCAGACCAUCCAAACAAUGAUAUCCUCAUGCAACCUCCAACAAACUACACAGACCCAGAUCCGAACCUCUCGCUCCCAAACCCUACAACAAACCAAUCCCAAUUUCCAACCGCACUACCACUACCACCCCAGUUCGGCCCAACACAAGAUUACGCCGCGCCCAUCCCCACGCAAUCGAUAACCCAAAACACAUUCCCUCCCCAGCAGUCUUCUCCCAUCCAGCCAAAAACCACACCGCCCUACCGUGAACGCAACACCGAGACAGAAAAUGCAAGACCGCAGCAGUAUGCUCACCUAUUCCCGUACCGUUCGGCGUCGACGAUCGAGAGCGCGCAAAAGCUCGAGGACUGGAUUUGCGCGCUCCUCGAGGACGAACGGUUUCUUCAGCUUUGUCAGGAUGUGGAGGGGACGUGGUGCCGGGUUGCUUUAGGCAAGUGA